CCCUUGCGGUACCAGAGUUGGAAUUGCCGCCAUCGGUCGCGGGCGGGAGUGAUUGAGCGUUGAGACUGAGACCAUGGGGGAAAUUGCAUGAAUCAGCCGGUGAUUUCAACACCACCUGCAAUUCCAACAAUCAUCACUCGAAAAAGAAUUGGAGAUAUCAAUAGAACAAGAUUAUUGACCCAAGCCUCGGAAUAUUAUCGAUUGAGACUCGGGGAGAAGACAGAUCCUGCGAAAACCCAACGGGCUGGACACGGAAAAUCGAAGUUCCCCCACAAGAAGAGGAACAUGGCCAACCCGAGGGCGCAAAACCACACGAGCAACUCUAACCAUCCCGCCGGCUUCACGGAAAGCUGGGAGACAUCCCCGCGACGGCGCCGUUUUCUGCUUCCAAGUGCCUUCAAGCUCAUGGUACUACGGGAUAAGUCGUCCACUCUCAACUUAUUCGACCCAGCCGAGGAAGAAGUCGAGAUCAAUCCAACGCAAAGGCUUUUGAGAGAAAGCAAACACAAGAAGAUACACGUCGAUACGCAAUUCAAAGCAAAAAUAAGCAUUUCUCAAACAUCAGUCGAGAUUCGCACAUCCAAGACGAUUCUUUCGUCAACUCACCCCACUUCUAUCCUUAUCCGCAUCAUUUAUCUCCCAUUUCAUUUCAUCUCGCAUACCUGCGAUCCGACGCAUGAACUCAUCCUUUCUUUCCAUCCCAUCCCCUCCUUCCAUCCAGGCCUUCCUUCACCUAUGACCUAACCAAGCAGCAGCAGCAGCAGCAUUCACUAACCUUGUCUCCACCGAAUGAUAUUCCACGUCUCCCAACCUGAGACGAACAAAAAGCAAAUCCCCUUCCCCAAAACGUCAACCCCCACACGCAACCCGACACAACGGCUCACCUCCUCCACUGAAUCUCGGAUUUGACUCCUCACCAGGAAAAAACACGAACCACCCUCUCGGAUCCACGGAACCCGCGAGUCAACAAUCCAGUCACAUAUGAUAGAAUAAUAAGUAGGGCUAUGCCAUUUCCGAGGUUGGAGGAAACCAA